AUGGCGCAAAUUGUCAGUGAAGGUCUUUUCGCCGAGGCCGAUCAUCCAUUCAGGAAAAGGACGGACUUGGCCAUGAAAAGGCUACGUCGUCUUACCGAAGACUUCCGGUUGCAGUCUCACUGCGCGGCAACCUUUUUCCAGCAAUGCUCGAAGAUGCUUGAUGGCUUAUCAUGGUCAAUUUCGCGUCUAUGCACCCACGCCAAACGGACUCGAGCUGAAAUCUUGUCUACGACCGCCGAGGAGCGAAAGAAGCUUAAGCUGGAGACCAACCUUGAACAGUCUCAACGGACUGCAGUUCAGUUGCAGUUGACAGCGCUGACACCACCUAAUACCAGAUAUCUCGAUAAUCUUCGAGAUAGUAUACAUGUUCUCGAUGAGAAUUUACUUGAUCCUGAGAACCGGUCUACUGCGUCGGUUCUGAAUGCCAUUUCGAGUACCAUCGUUCUGGCUGCAAAUGCGUCAGGCGAGAGUUGCACGACGUUCCACGACAAUUUGGCAUCUCAGCCAUGUUUAUACUCCUACGACCAAAACGCGUCGGCCGGUAGCUCCGGAGCAUCCGGCGGUACCUCUACCUGUCAAUUCCCAGAGUCCUGUCUCACUACAGCUCACACUGCAGUUAAUAUCAUCUCCGCCGUUAAGACAGCGACCAUUUGUGACCCCCCAACAGCAGAUGAUGGCAUAGUCGUCCACCGAGUGCCAGUUGACACACACUUGUCCGAUCCCGAUCCCAUUCCCGCGCCCCACGUCUCGACCAUCUAUGAAUGUGCCAUUCCGCCCCAGGGGAUCUCUUCCGGUUCUUGCCACGAAGAUGCAUGUGACGGCAAUUCCACCACUCCAAGAGACAGUUUGGCAUCCUCGGCUGGACUGUCUUCUGCUGCUACACGUUGCACAGAAUCGCAUCGCAAAUUCAGCGUUCCGGUGCCAGCACUGGGUGGACAGCUAAUCAUGCCACGUUUGUCAUCAUCCAAUACUGCGAUGCAACACCUCCUCCGUGAAGUCGGACGUAAAAUCGUUGCCAGACGCGGGCUUCUUUAUUCCCGCUCCCUGUCCACCAAUGCCAUCCGUGUGGCUCGAAGGCGAAAUCAUUCGUCCGGUGGAAAAUCUGCAGGGCGUAUUGCACGUCCAUACCAAAGACAGGUCGAUGCACAAGUGACGCGCUACGAUAUCGGUGAUGAAGAUUUGGAAGCAUUUUGGGAAGAUUGUUCAGAUGAAGAUUCGCUCUGA